GGGAUGUUCAUGAUUUUGCCACGCUCUCGUAUACCUAUGAUUGCUUUGACUUGAUUUAGGAGAGAUGUCCACGAUUUCAUCCACGAUCACGGGUGUCAAUGAUGAUGUCCCCUUGAUGCAUAAGAGAUAUUCACGAUUAUUUCCGCGAUUGCAAGGAAUUUCCACCACAGGGGGAGGGGGAGGGCCGCUCAAGUAAUUUGGCCUAGGGCCUCAAGUACCCUAAAUCCGGCACUGUUCCGAAUCGAGCUUGAUGAAGCAGUUCCCCAUACUGGGCAGGCGUAUAACAAUAGUGGACGUAGAAGUGUUUUGUAUAAAAGGGUUCCAUUCUUCAUAGACAUAAAUGAUUUUUUGUUGAUUAAAGGAAAUAAUUUUGAUAAUCUGCCAAUACAGUUUACAGUUUACAGUUUACAGUUUUGUUUACAGUUAAUAAUUUUAUUGUUUUGGUUUUGUGUAGUUUAUUAAUACUUAUAUUGCAAACGCACUAAGGCUAACGCCAAAGCUUGAGGAAUUCUAUUUUAUAGGAAAUCACAGCUUACUUAUUUCGAGAAAGUCCAAGGAUUAGGCCUAUGAGAUGAUGUUAGUUCUAUGUGAAUGUUUACCUUGCAAAGUUUAUAAAUAAAAUACUAAGUUUAAGUUGUACUAAUUAAUUUUUUACUAUUUUGUUAUUAUUCAUGGUCAACAGAGAUGAACCUUUAGUUCUAGGGUAGUUAAUUUACUUUGGGUUACGGUUACUUAAUCAAGAAAAAUAAAUUUAGAAAUGCAUCUUCAAGGAAACACUGGAAGUUUGGAGCAACUUCAGAAACAGACAGUGAUUAUUAUCCACCCAGGGUCGUUGUAUGUUAGGAUCGGAAGAGCGUCUGAUUCUAGUCCGCAUACAGAGGUUCAUGCAAUAGCUCGAAAAAGAUAUCCAGAAGGAUUGAGACACCAUGACCCAAUGCUUCCUCCGUUAGCUCCAUUGUCCAUGGAGGUGCUGCAGGAGAUGGAGGAGUGUCGUCUGCAAGUGUCACACACUCUGCAGUCUUGUCUACAGUCUGACGGAAGGAGAAGGUACGCAACUCCUCCACAGCAGAUUGCUGCGUUCAACCGCAGAGCCAAGCCUGAAGUGGGCAACUCCGUUCCUGGCACAGAGCUGACUCAGAGCGAGGCCAAUACCGUCAUCGGUAAUGAGGUUCUUCGUUUAAACCCAUCUCUAGACUACAACAUCCACUUCCCUAUUAGGAGGGGGGAGUUGAACAUCCAUGGAGGGGUUGGGGGAUCUCUGUCGUCCGUUCUAACUGACCUUCAGGAAAUAUGGAGCUGGGUUAUCAUCCAUAAACUGAACAUACCUCUCACAAAUCUCAAGCAUUACCGGGCAGUGUUAGUAGUACCUGACAUUUACAAUCGCCUCUACCUUAGGGAACUGAUGACGUUGCUUCUGAAUAAAAUGGGCUUUGGAAGCUGUUUUCUUCUACAGGACCAUGUGGCCGCUACGUUCGGUGCAGGCUUACCUUGUGCUUGUGUCAUUGAUUGUGGACAUCAGAAAACGUCAGUAUCCUGUGUGGAAGAUGGAAUCUGCCAUCCUGCUACCAGGGUCAGGAUAGGCUACGGAGGAGGAGACAUUACGCAGCUGUUUCACUGGUUGCUGCAGAAAUGUGCGUUCCCAUACAAGGGAUGCGACCCGGCCACCAACCCACUGGACGCAGCAUUGCUGCAGAACUUGAAGCACGACGCUUGUCAUGUCAAUCUGGAUGUGUGUGGAUGUACUGAGCGACAGUUUGUAAUACCUCCAGGUCUCUCUUACACCAUUCAGAUGGCAGAUGAGUGUUUGAUCGCUCCACUGGGUAUGUUCUCACCGGAGCUGCUCGGAGUCACAGGUCCAAAGUCAAUAGUCACACAGAAGCGCUCUUACGGAGACCCACACGAUCCUCAUGAUGCUGAAUACCUCCGAGAGACAAGCCGUCGAGGAGCCAAGGAAGUGCUGGAGGGGGUUGUGUCUCAGGAAGGAGCAGUGGUGGGGGAGAGUGUAGGGGGAGGCGGAGGAGAAGAAGACAUCGUAGUAGACGCCAUGUUGGAAGGUCCACAAGGCCAACCGUCGCAACCUACAGAGUUCGUACUUGGUCCUGGACAACUGCUGGGACUGGACCAGGCGAUACUCCAGUCCAUUGAUAGAUGCGGUACAGAUGACUUGAAACGGAAAAUGUACUCUUCUAUUUUGGUUGUUGGUGGAGGAAUGAAGUUUCAAGGCAUCAGUACUUGGCUGCAAAAUCGGAUAGCUUUGCAAAUUCCGUACAUGCUGAGAUCAGAACAAAUGGACAUAGUCACCUCACCUAAAGAAAUGGAUCCGCAAAUAACAACAUGGAUCGGUGCAUCAAUACUCUGUGGGUUAGAAUCAGCCCAAGAACUUUGGAUUCAUCCUCAGGAGUGGGAGAAAAGUAGUGUGAAGAUCCUACGGGAAAGAGCUCCAUUCAUGUGGUGAAAUCGGAUAGUUUCAUGUAUGUACUUUUGUAAAUUUUUAUACCAAUAAAUUAUACUAAUUUAUAGUUUGCAGUUGAAACAACAUCCAAGAUACCCCUAGGUGC